UUAAUUAUUCACAAACAAGCCAAAAACAAAAUAAAAGAAAAAUGAUAAAAAUGGUGGUAAAAUUUGUGGUAGUGGUGAUGGUGUUUGCACAAAUCUUAGCUCCAAUUGCUGAAGCUGCUCAAGGAAGAGCUGUCUAUUACAACCCUCCCUACACUAGGUCUGCGUGUUAUGGAACACAACGUGAGACGAUGGUGGUUGGAGUCAGGAGCAAUCUGUACCAAGGAGGUCGAGCUUGUGGUCGGAGGUACAGGGUUCGAUGCAUUGGCGCUACAUACAACUUCCCUAGGGCUUGCACGGGUCGUACCGUUGACGUGAGGGUAGUUGAUUUCUGCCGGGAGCCUUGCAACGGUGACCUUAAUCUCUCUCGUGAUGCUUUCCGGGUUAUCGCUAAUACUGAUGCCGGUAACAUCCGCGUCGAGUACACACCGUAA